AUGUCGUACAAGCGCGAGCAUCCAGACGUCGAAGACGACGGCGGCGACAGGACAAGCGAUGUCGAUGCAACGGCCAACAAACGCGCCAGGCAGGACGGGCAACAGCCGCAGCAUAAACGUCGCAAGACACGACCACAACAGGGAUCUGGAUCGUCAGCCAUGAUAUCAGGGGCAGAUCCGACCUGGGGACAGAAAUAUGUCUUUUCGAGCCGCAGCGAUGCUACGACUAUACCCCCCGGGGAGGAGGAUGACUUCGAGGACGACACCGAUGCCAUGUCUUAUCUGAUGGCUGUGAGGUACAUCAUGUGCCUGCUUGGUGUUUUGGGACAGAGAGAUAGAAGAGAGAAACUGACAGAGACACACAGACAGGAAGCACAUGGUAUCCCGCAUCUGCUGGUCGCACCGAAACCCCAGAUCGGUCCACAACUACCAGCCGAGUACCAACGAGACGACGACGAGCAAGGAGAAGCAGCAGCAGCAGCAACAGAAGCAGAACAAGACGGAGACGAUAACGGAGAGAUAUAUACUAGCCAACAGGGUGGAUGGUAUGAAGACGGCGCAUAUAUUGCCGACCCGGAUGAUGACGACGACGACGACGACCAAGAAGAGCAGGGUGACAGCGGGCGACCGGCGUCGGAACGCGCCGUGCAAACCGCCUAUUUCGACUCUAUACUGCGGCAAUACCUCUCCCUACGGACCGUCCUGCACAGCGCAGCAGCACGGGUACGGACAAGGGCAUCGCUCCCCCCGCUCCCGCGUGGCACGCCCACCGACGCGCCUCCGUUCGGGCGUAACUCGCCUACAACGGCGACGUGGUGCCGUGCCGUGCGGAACUCGGACCCCCACCCGGCGCAGCUGGCACGUAUGACCAAGGAUUCUGUCCUGCGCGUCCUGCGCGUCAUCCUGGGCGGCAAGUUCCUCCGGCAGGGCUACGGCGUGGAAGAGCGCACGAGCCGCUGGCUGUGGGCCCUGCUCGCCCGCCUCCCCGACAGAGGCAGCCUCAACCACGCCGAGGUAGGCUGGGUGCGCGAUCUCGGCCGAAGAGCUGUCUUGCUGGGCAGGAGUCUGGCCGAGAUGGCUACCUUGAGGGAUGAGCUGGAUGAGGGUGCGCUGGGUCUUGACGAGGCCGUGAAUGGGAGCAGUGGCGUGGUGGCAGACGUAGAAGCCGAGAGGGAAAAAUAUACUCAAAUGGACCACAGAGACAAAGAAAAAGAAGAAGAAGAAGAAGAGGAAGAAGAAGAGCCGGAGACUCAACUGGAUGGGAAGGAAGAAGAUCAGGAAGAAGGCGAGAUUGACGACGACGACGACGACGACGACAUUGCCAUGGAAAUUGCCUCCAACUCUUCCGUUGACAAAGAUGAUGUCCCGCAUAAGGAGGACGAUUUGGAAGACGCGAGGGCCAGACUACUUGCGCAACUCGAUCAAGUCAAUCACGACGAUCGUGACCGGCAGGAAGAAGCCGCCAGGGAUCGCGCACGCAUCAACAUGCGUGCUACGCUCAACAUGAUUCUCACUGUCGCCGGUGAGUUCUACGGCCAGCGGGAUCUUCUCGAGUUCCGCGAGCCGUUUGUCGGCAUGUAA